AUGGUUGAAGAAGGAAUUGUACUAGGUCACAAAAUAUCAAAGGUAGGAUUGGAAGUUGAUCAAGCGAAAAUCGACGCAAUUUCCAAGUUACCACCACCAGUCAAUGUGAAAACGCUUAGGAGUUUUCUGGGACAUGCGGGGUUUUAUCGAAGAUUUAUCCACAACUUUUCUCAGAUCGCAAGGUCCUUAAGUGCGCUCCUCGAGAAUGACCGCGAAUAUGAUUUUGAUGACGCAUGCGCUGAAGCAUUCCACACGCUGAAAAAUGCGCUCAUCACCGCACCUAUUCUGAUUGCACCAGAUUGGACACAACCGUUUGCGUUGAUGUGUGAUGCUAGUGGGUAUGCAGUGGGCAUAGUCUUAAGUCAGUAA